AUUUGUCCAAUCGACUAUUUAAACCACGUUUAUUUUAAUAUCUGCCUUUCAGAGGGAGAUGCUGUGGCUUUUAGACUGAAAAUUAAUCCAUUUUUUAUUUUCCCCCUUUCGAAAGGAUAUUUCCAGGUGUUUCACUGAGCCAUUAAAUCUCCCUCACUUUCGGGAUUCUUGCACUCAACUACACAUCACUUUAGGUUCAUCCAAGUAACUACGCUUUGUCUCGUGGGCAGAUCCUUCCUGAAAUGAGACUUGGAACAAUUAUUUAGAAGAUGUAUUGUAUAUGGCAGCCUAAAAGGUACAGUGGCUUUAGAGAAGCGCUGAUUUUAAAAACCCCAACAAAAUAUGUAAGACCAGGAGGCUACAUCUACCCGAGCACGGUUUUCUGCCACCAGUAUUCCCACUUCAGCCAGUGGAGGCUAUUCCCAGGACUGUCUGCAGGUCCAAGCUCCCAUCUGGUUGGGAUUUGGCCUUAAUAUUUUGUAGUAUAUUCUAAUACAGAUAGAGAAACGAAUACUUGCAAUGUUUUACAUUGUUUGCAGAAAGCACUGAAGAUCGACGCUCACUGGGAAUGCAUUCUCAGGAACCCUGACGCUUUGAUAAGUAGAGGAUUUUAAAACACAGAUGAAAACUUAUUCUUACUCCUAGGCAAAGCAGUAGCCAGAGGUCUCUGAAACCAUACCACGAAAAGGAAAAGAAAUGCCCCCAAACUAGAAGGGAGUCUCCUCUUCCUUGUUUAAGCAAUUCUCAUCACUACUUGUCUGCCAGGAAACAUUUACAGCUAAUAAACCGCACCUUAAAGGAACAGACAUCGCUCCUAGAAAAUCCUGAGGGAGAACGAGCACAGCGGAUUUCGCAAACAAGGUGCGGAGGGCAGAGCGCUGAGUCCGUUCCACCUUAAGGGAGGUUGCGGGCCGGCUUCCCUGCUCCCCGCCCGGAGCCCGCGUGAUAGGUGGCUGGGGCGCGAGGGGCGGGGCCCGGCAGCGCUCGGUAUAAAUAUUCAUGAGAACGCGGUGCCCGGCCUGGCGCUGCCGGGGCCCGAGAGCGAGAAGUUGUGCAAAGGGCGCUGUGGCUGCCGAGACCCAGGUGGCUCCGCAGCGGCGCGGGGGGAUUACAGCGCCUGCGGCCGGACCGUGCUGCUGCGGGCUCGGGGAAGCUCGCGCGGCUGCAGGGGCACCGGGGACCCCUCCCCCGGUGGUUCGGGCCGGCUGCUGGGGGCCAGGUCCGUGGCUCAGGGAGCCCUCAGCCAUCUUGGCUGGGCACCGCAGGGAGUGAAGGCGAAAGUUGCGGCGCCCGGCCGGGAGCGCCGCGGCCGCUGGAGCAGCGGAUGCAGCCCCCGAGCCGACAGGAGAUGAAACAGCGGCUGCGAAGCCUCCCCCGAGUGGACUGAGCGCGCACGCCCCCCGCGGGCUCUACGCGCCGGUCCCUGGACCCGGAGCGCUGCAGGAGGCACUGACGGGGGCUGUGCGCGGGGCUCCCCGCUGCCCCGGACAGGCGAGAAGAGGCGUCCCCGGGGCUGUGUCCUUCCCGGCCAGGCGAGCCCUGCGGAGGGUGGCAGUGCAUUCCCUGGCACCUGCAGCAGCGAGCCCGGGGGUUCGCCCUGCCUGCGGCGGGCAGAGACGGGACGCGGGGCUGCCGGCAGGGCGAUACACCCCGGCGGCGGGGCGCUUGCUCUCCCCGGGGGAGGCUAUUCCUCCGGGCCUUUGCGGUGCCCCCGGCGCCUUCCGCUACUAGGGGGCAGAGCGGACUCGGAGCUGCCGGGCGACCGCCUCCUCUCCCCGAGCAUGGAGCGGAGUUACCUGCUGGAAAUCACCUCGCUGCUCGCUGCCUUCUCCCUGCUGCAGCGCUCCAGCGCCGCCGCCUCCUCCGCUGCCGCCGCCGCCGCCUCGGCCAAGGAGCUGUCGUGCCAGGAGAUCACCGUGCCCCUGUGCAAAGGCAUCGGCUACAACUACACCUACAUGCCCAACCAGUUCAACCACGACACGCAGGACGAGGCGGGGCUGGAGGUGCACCAGUUCUGGCCGCUGGUGGAGAUCCAGUGCUCGGCCGACCUGCGCUUCUUCCUCUGCAGCAUGUACACCCCCAUCUGCCUGGAGGACUAUAAGAAGCCGCUGCCGCCCUGCCGCAGCGUCUGCGAGCGGGCCAAGGCCGGCUGCGCCCCGCUCAUGCGCCAGUACGGCUUCGCCUGGCCCGACAGGAUGCGCUGCGACCGCCUGCCGGAGCAAGGCAACCCGGACACGCUGUGCAUGGACUACAACCGCACCGACCUCACCACCGCCGCGCCGCCCCCGGCCAAGCCCCCGCACCGCGGUGGGAAGGCGGGGGGCGCGGCAAGGCCCCCCGCGGCCGCUGCGCCCCCGGCCGAGCUCCCCCGCAAGCCCCGGCCGCCUCCCCCUUGCGAGCCGGGCUGCCAGUGCCGGGCGCCCAUGGUGUCGGUGUCCAGCGAGCGCCACCCGCUCUACAACCGGGUGAAGACGGGGCAGAUCGCCAACUGCGCGCUGCCCUGCCACAACCCCUACUUCAGCCCGGACGAGCGCGCCUUCACCGCCUUCUGGAUCGGCCUGUGGUCCGUGCUCUGCUUCCUCUCCACCUUCGCCACCGUCUCCACCUUCCUCAUCGACAUGGAGCGGUUCAAGUACCCGGAGCGGCCCAUCAUCUUCCUGGCCGCCUGCUACCUCUUCGUCUCGCUCGGCUACCUGGUGCGCCUGGUGGCCGGGCACGAGAAGGUGGCGUGCAGCGGCGGAGCAGGAGCCGGCGGAGCCGGGGCCGGAGCGGCGGGGGCCGGCGGGAGCGCCGCGGCGGGGGCUGCGGGCGGGCGGGGCGCGGCAGGGGGCGCGGCGGAGCUGCAGCCGGAGCUGGCGGGGGCCGAGCACGUGCGCUACGAGAGCACGGGCCCGGCGCUGUGCACCGUGGUCUUCCUGCUGGUGUACUUCUUCGGCAUGGCCAGCUCCAUCUGGUGGGUCAUCCUCUCCCUCACCUGGUUCCUGGCCGCCGGCAUGAAGUGGGGCAACGAGGCCAUCGCCGGCUACGCGCAGUACUUCCACCUGGCCGCCUGGCUGCUGCCCAGCGUCAAGUCCAUCGCCGUGCUGGCCCUCAGCUCCGUGGACGGCGACCCCGUGGCCGGCAUCUGCUACGUGGGCAACCAGAGCCUGGAGAACCUGCGGGGCUUCGUGCUGGCGCCGCUGCUCAUCUACCUGGCCAUCGGCUCCAUGUUCCUGCUGGCCGGCUUCGUCUCGCUCUUCCGCAUCCGCAGCGUGAUCAAGCAGCAGGGCGGCCCCACCAAGACGCACAAGCUGGAGAAGCUGAUGAUCCGCCUGGGGCUCUUCACCGUGCUCUACACCGUGCCGGCCGCCAGCGUGGUGGCCUGCCUCUUCUACGAGCAGCACAACCGGCCCCGCUGGGAGGCCACGCACAACUGCCCCUGCCUCCGCGACCAGCAGCCCGACCAGGCCCGCCGCCCCGACUACGCCGUCUUCAUGCUCAAGUACUUCAUGUGCCUGGUGGUGGGCAUCACCUCCGGCUUCUGGGUCUGGUCCGGGAAGACCCUGGAGUCCUGGAGGGCCCUCUGCACCCGUUGCUGCUGGGCGAGCAAGGGAGCCGCAGGCGCCGGGCCCACGGCGGCAGGGGGUGGGGGGCAGGUAGCUGCCGCGACGGCGGCUGGGGGACUGGGGGGAGGAGGAGGAGGCGGCGGCGGCGGCUCCAUGUACAGCGAUGUCAGCACUGGCUUAACGUGGAGAUCGGGCACCGCCAGUUCGCUGUCCUACCCCAAGCAGAUGCCCUUGUCUCAAGUGUGAGAGCUGGAGAGGCUUGUGGUAGGGAGCGGGGGGCGCUGGCCUGUAUGAAAUGCUCCCUCACUGUUUGGUGCCAUUGAUGAACCCCCUAAUGGUCCCCAUUAGCCACGGCUUGUGCAGAACAAUUCAGCCGGCAGAGGCCCCAAGCACCAGCCCCCUCCCUCCCCGUCUCCAUUCAUAUGCAGGGAGCAUGUACUUCAAGGCGUCAGCUUAUUGUUGUGCUGACAGAAAAGGGUGGAGGAGGCUCAGCAGUUUCUGCAGCGAGCAGGACAAGAAGCAGCUUCGGAUUCUCUCUCUGGACUUGCAGUAGAUCUUCCUUCAGCAGGGGUCCUCCCCACACCCAGUCCAACGGAGGAGGUUGAUGGCCUGAUGGGACUGCAGGUUUUGGGUAUUCUUAAUGACCAGGCAAAUGCCUUAAACACACACACAAAUCAUGUCUUAAUUAUACACCCAAAAUAAAUACGGGUUUUGCAGUAAACAAUGUAUUUAUAUAAUUAUUUGUUACUUUGUACAAAUAUGUAAGAUAUGUAUAUAUCCAAAGCUAUACAGUCUGUAAAUUUUUUUUGUAAAAAGUUUAGAGGCUCCCCCUGUAAGAGCAAAUAUUUGAGUAUUCUAUUUUGUCAAUAAAAUGACUUUUGAUAAAUGAUUUUUCCAAGCUUCCCCCUCCUCCUACGCUGCUUAUUCCAGAUGUUGUUAGUAAACUCUGUCACUGAAAGAUGUCACUAUAAGCUAUAUUAACAAUGCAAUCCUUAAUGCAGUUACUUAUCUAAGUUAAAAUGUGAGGGUUUUUUUUAAAGAAAAACAAAUUUUUAGACUGACUUGUUGAAUGUCCUAAAACCUGAGGUGCCUUACAAUAAUUCUUUGCUGCUCUAUGCUUUGUAUGUAAACUAAAGUUGUAGGAGGCAGUAAUCUCCCACAUGCCUUGUUAUGGUAUCCUGUAAAAUGAAUGUUAUUUUAGGAAUGUGAACACUCACACUACCUUUCAUAGCUAUUGUCUGUCUUUUGUAAGCACCUGCCUUUAGAGGGGCUGCAUACUGCUAACGUGUAAAGGUUAAUGUUUCAAAUCCAUAGAUCAUGUUUUACAGUAGAACAGUUAGUUAAGAAUUGUUAGAUUAGUCUUUCCUUAACAGAUUAAACUAACAGGUUAACAUCUUAA